UUUCCUUUGCAUGUGUCCUUUAAGACAAUAGACAACUUUCAAAAAUGCCUCCAUGCAGAAUCUAUCGUUCUACAUGUGCCUACCUUUGCCCAAAAUCCGGCACAUCGGGAACCACAAAAACAAUGCUGAGUGUUUUUUCGAUAUCUCUCAGCAAACCCUACUGCAUUGUAAACUUGUAGGAAAUCGCAGCAAUAAAAACGUAAGCAGCGUGUCCCGUCACGGCAUCAUGAGAAAAUCUGAAACUGAAACCGAAACUAAGUGGCCAACUGGUACCCAGAUUUCUUUUUGUGUCACCAGUGCCACCCAUCAUCCAGGACAUCUCAACGAGCUUGAGUCUUGUUGGGACAUCUGCAGGUCAAACCAAGCCAAGCGGUCGAUGCGCGAGCAGCCGAGCCGGCCGAGCUCGCGAGUCGCGAAUCAGCCAUGCAGCCGUCGUUGACGAAAGUAUGCGACGACACUACUGACAAUGUCAGCUUCGUGUGUCGUGUGUGGUAGUACCAAUCAUCUUUACCGCAAAGUCACCGUGGAUCUGUUUCGAUUUCCGUCGAAAGUCUUGAGUCCUGAGAAGAGAGCCGCUUGGAUAGCUGCUGUAAGGAGAGUGCACCCGGGCGGCUCGCUGUGGGAGCCGAGCGAGGAUUGCCAGAUCUGCAGCGCGCACUUCAUCACAGGACAGCCAUCGUGCUUCAGGGACCACCCCGACUUCGUGCCCUCCGUGUUCAACUACUCAAGAGCUCUCGGCGAGUCCGCAGUGCAUUCGCAAGACCCCUGCGUGGAGAGGCGCGAAGGAGAGGGAGCUGCACUUUUGGGAGAGACCAGCUGUUCACUGAAAGUCACCGAAAACAUCUCGUUUAGAUGCUGUUCCUGCACCUAUGUCACCAGUUAUCAGCAUUGGAUGUUGCGCCACCUGGUUGCCCAUGGCAAUGAACAAUGCGAUUACCAGCAUCCUCCCAUGUCACCUGCCUCUAGAUCCCAAGUGCCCAGCAACACUCGAGAGCACAACAGUGAAAAGGUUUUUAAGUGCAAGGUGUGUCCUCGAGUCUUUGCUAAGAAUCGCCAACUGACCGUCCAUAAUCGAACACACAGUGGUAAAAGGCCUUUUAAGUGCAAGCUGUGCCCCCAAGCCUUUUUUGAGAAUUACCGUCUGAUCCGCCAUAAUCGAAUUCACACUGAUAAAAAGCCAUUUAAGUGCAAGCUGUGCCCUCAAGUCUUUGCUAAGAAAUGCCAACUGACCGUCCAUAAUCGAACACACAGUGGUAAAAAGCCUUUUAAGUGCAAGCUGUGUCCCUAAACUUUUUCCGAAGAUUACCAUUUGAUCUGCCAUAAUCAAAUACACGCUGGUGAGAAGUUGUGUUCUCAAGUCAAAUACACGCUGGUGAGAAGCUGUGUUCUCAAGUCUUUGCUAAGAAUUGCCAACUGACCGUCCAUAAUCGAACACACAGUGGUAAAAAGCCUUUUAAGUGCAAGCUGCGUAGGUAGCAGAUUGCACUUAAACGGCCUGUCACCACACAGUGGUGGCAGGCCAUUUAAGUGCAAGCAGUGCCCCAAGCCUUUUCUCAGAAUUACAUUCUGAUCUGCCAUAAUCGAACCCACACAGGUGAAAAACCAUACAAGUGUAAGUUUUGUCCUCAAGCGUUAGCUCAGAAUUCCAGUCUGACCCACCAUAAUUGAACACACACUAGUAAAAAGCCAUUUAUUUCUGCCUGUGCCCCAAAGCCUUUUCUUAGCAUUGCAACCUGAUCUGCCAUUAUCAAACGCACAGUGAUGAAAAGCCAUUUGAAGGGGUACGGAAACCAAAUUCUGGAGCUCAUCUCUGCUUAAACCUAAAGAGGGUUAAAGUAGGGCUUUACCAAAACCAAUAUUUUGUAGGAUAACGCAAGAAAACAUAUUUUAAACUGAAUUUAACUAUAACCAAAAAACCACCUCAUGGAUGUCUGAAGCUUCGAUGGAAUGCCGUGACAACAACGUGUUAGUAAGAGCAGUGCCACAACGGGAAAUAGGCUCACUCACAAAGAUUACUUAGGCCUGAACUCGUGCCUCGCCAAAGGCUUCAGGUGCUUUGGUGAGUAGCAACAGAGUUGGCCACCAUUAGUUUCAUUAUCAGGUGAUCUUUCCGGCAAUGCUUGUUUGGGGUUGUUUGGGAAUUGUGUACAUGCAAUGAUGAAAUGUGUAUUUAAACGGGCCCAAAUGCCUGCCUCUUUUCAAGACGGGACAGCCGCCUCGGUCGACUGCGACGAACUCGAUCACUACAAAGUCAACACACCUACUCGCGUUGCUAAAAGGAGAUGGCCCGCAUGGCCUCUGCAAAGCAGGGCACUUGUAAACAAAUAGCUGCGGCGUUUUCGUGGCUCCGAAAAUGCAGGAUAAAGCCAGUCGGAGCGCUGGGAGCGGAACCGCUCCCAGCGCUCCCACUAAGAGCGUAACUCCAGUCGGUUCUGCUCCCAGCGCUUCGCACUGAGAGCGGAACCGCACUGGCACUGUGUUCUUGGUCACCGCGUCUCGAACAAUCUUUUACAAUCGAUUUUAUGAACCACUGGGCCUAUAGAAAAUCGCAACUUGAUGCUGACUUAGUUUGACGUGGGCGCGUUGGCAAAGUUGAAUAAAACUGAAAGAAUAAACAGAGACGGACAGAACAGCACAUCUUUUGACUUUCAACACAAAUAGCUUCAUUAGGCGCCGGCACCCGGCCCAAGAGACCCAGAGACAGAAAGGAGGAGGGCGAAAAAGAGGGAACAAGGGUAGGUGAGGGGCGGUAGGGAGAAAAUGAAGGCGACACAGACAGGAAAAUUUCUAGCUGGGAAGAAGGAAGGCCGGAAGGAAAGCCGGAACGAAGCACAACUGUCUGGAAUGCGUAGUUUUCGCAAUAUCGAAUUUGUCCACUUUUCGUGAAACACUCUGUAUAAGUGCAUGCAGUGCUCUAAAGUCUUUUUCUCUCUAAUAAUCUCAUUUGCCAUGCUCAUUUGCUUAUGCAAGAUAACCUUACAAGUGACAGCCAUUUAACACGUCUCACCUGUGGGGCAUGUGCCAAAGCAGAGGAUGAUGAUCCCAAGGGAGAUUACAUUAAUCUGGUGGCAGGGAACUGCCAAUGACGUCCAAGAACCGUCGGUCGAAUAUCCAGUUUGGUUACCUUAUUGAUUGUGCAACCAUGGCUAAACUCUUGCAUUGAUCAUGAGCCUCUCAUCCGAUUGCCACUGUUUGUAUUUGCACAAAGGUGUUGAGGAGUAGGGAGAAAUUUCUUGCCAGCAAUGUAAUUGCAAACCUAUAAUUUUUUCAAUAGAUGGAAAUAGAUCAGUGUAGCUAAACUGUUGCAUGUUCCUCAUCUGAAUGCACACUAGGCCAUGCUUUUGCUCCUGUUCAGAGAUCCUUUGCACUUGCUCGAGGUGUGCUCAUUUCAGGUGUGGUCUAAUAUGUUUGUAAAACUGUCUUCAUUGUUUUGUUUUUACUCUGGUCUAUAUUAAAGGUAUACACUUGCAAAAAUAAAUGUGUGACGAAGUUGUGGUUUGUCUAUCUAAAAAAAAAGUCUGGCAGUUUAAAUUCUCAGACUUCCUUUUUUCUGUUUUUGCAGCCUUGGUACUGUAGCAAGUAGGAAGUAAUUUUGGGGAUUUUAAUUUUGAUGUCCUGUAGCAUGCCUUUCCAUUUUGCUAUGAACUCGGCUGGGAGCCAAUUUUGAGUGCUUGUGUGCACUACAGCUGUUUGUGCUCCCCAUUUGAACCUUGCUAUACCCUGGGACGACUUUUCUUGGCAAAGCAGUCAAAGGCACUGGCACACGUGCCCACUUCUAUGUUAAGCACUGACCAAAGCUUUGCACGAGCUCUCCUCUGAAAUGUGAAGAAAAGUUGUCCCCAAGUACAGUCGAAUUCCCACACUACCCAACAGGUUUUACUAUGGAGUGACUGUCUACCGAUUUUUAAUACUGUGUAAUGCGUGUUCCACGCUGUGUUAAAAAAAAAAGGUAAUCUUUACCGAACUGUCAAACCGGCUCAUUGUGAAUUGGUUCUUGCCUUCCUUCUCUACUCUGGCAUCAUCUUCGUAAUCAUGUUUUUAUACGACACAUGCUUUUGUGAUAUCGGUCUCUCUUGUCGGUUAGGUGAUCACAAUAUUCCGUUACUCUGUACUUUUGUUCCCGACGGUUGUUUCCUUGUUGCUUUGGUCUGCAUGUCAGAAUUCUCUGACCGUAGGUGUCAUGUACGCCAGAUGAUGUCUUUUGUACAGGAUCCUGUGGAGUGUGCUUAGUUUUGCAUUGUAUGCACUUGUAUAUAUGCAUUGUGGAUUUUUUUACUCUUGUUUGUGUUGAAUAAACUUUGCAGAUGAUAAAUGUGUAACUGCAGACAUCUUUAUCUGUGUUUCUCACAAAUAAAUCUUGACAGUUUGAGCUUCCACAGUG